AUGAAGCGGGAGAAGAACGCCGCCAGGGCUGGGUUGACCGCCAAGAGUCAACUGAAAGUGAACGAGGCGGCGAAAAACACAAUGUGCUCCGUAUGCAGGCAGACGUUCCUUAUGACAAUUAGGCAAAAGGCACUGGAAGAGCACGUCACAAACAAGCAUGCUGGCAAAGACUUCAAGACAUGUUUUCCAACAUUCGUCCCAACGGCUUAG